AUGCAUGCACGAGCCUUACCCUUUUCACGUGCUGCCUCCCAUCCUCUCUGCUCCUCUCAUCCUCUCUGCUCCUCUCAUCGCCUCUCCUCCUCUCAUCGUCUCUCCUCUCAUUGCCUCUGCUCCUCUCAUCGUCUGCUCCUCUCAUCGUUGCAUAGGCGUCUGCACUACAACUAUUUCUACAGUGAAAUCCCCUCCUAUAUCGUGGGCCUCCCGAAGAUCAUCGAGUUUGGCGCUGCCGGCAACUACCUCACGGGCUCUGUGCCUGCGCUGGGCCCCUUGCUGAUCAGGUUGGAUCUGCGCACCAACUACCUCACGGACAUGCCAUCGGCGGCCUACCAGUGGUGUGGCACCACCGCCAACUGCCUCGUCGCGCCCAUAAAGUGCACCACCAGCAGCACGGCCCAGCGGCCCGCAUCGGAGUAUGCCAUCUGCGGCAGCACCAACUCGCAGGGCACUUUGUGCGCGUCCACGCCGGGAGGGGUGUGCUCAAUGGAUGCGGGCGCACGUGUGAGUGCCGGCACGGUGAACACGCUGGCGCUGGCGUAUCUCCCCCUGGCGUGCACGGUCGGGCCUCUCUACAUGAACGCCGCUGACGGUCACUCGCUGCCCUCAGGCACCUGCUACAUCGCCAACAACUGCCUCGCCGAUGUGGGCAACUGCAACAGCUUCGGCCAGAGGGCCGCGUGCGCCAUCUGUGACAGCACUGACGGCACCGAAACGCUGUGCGCGACAGCGGGGAAGGCGUGCGUGGCGAACGCGGACGCCAAGAUAGCAGCGGCGCAGAAGAACUAUCCGGAUGAAGUGGCGCUGCUGUGCGCCUUCCCCACCAUCACCCUGACCUCCGUUGAUGGUCAGUGCCACCUCCCUCCCUGCCCACUCGUUCCCCAUCCAAACUACCCCAUCAUCACCCCCCUCACCACUCCACCCUUGGUGCAUUCUGCUCGACUGACCGUCCUUGCAUCCCCGCAGGCAGUCGCUGCCACACUCGCCUUUCGCCGCUUCUUCCAUCCCCACAGUCGCCUGCCGCCUCCUUCGCAUGCAGCCUUGGACAGCGCAAGCCUCAAGGGCUCACUGCAUGCCGACAUCUCUGCGCUCACCGCCCUCACCUGCCUCCAUGCUGGCCCUCAAGUCGUCGAUGGGAGUGAGUGUGAGCACGUGGGCAGCCACGGUGCCGUGCGCCAUCAAGGGGCAGAGCACCGCAGUCACCACCUAGACUGGCGUGUUCUAGCUCUGAACAGCGCAAAGCUCAAGGGCUCGCUUCCUUCGGAGGUCUCCACGCUCACAGCUCUCACGCGCAUCAACCUGUUCAGCAACCUCUUCUUCUACCGCAUUGACUCCUUCACCACCAACCUUCGAGCCUUGCCAGUGCUGGCAGACGUCCGUCUGCACUACAACCACUUCUACGGUGAAAUCCCCUCGUUUCUCGUGGGCCUCCCCAAGCUGACGGAGUUUGGUGCUGCCGGCAACUACCUCACGGGCUCUGUGCCUGCGCUGGCCCCCGGGGUUGUCCGAUUGGACCUGCGAUCCAACUACCUCACCGACCUGCCAGCAGCAGCCUACCAGUGGUGCGGCGGCACGGCCAACUGCCUGGCCGAUUCCUCCAAGUGCACCACCACCAGCACGGAGCAGCGCGCAGCAGCGGACUGUGCCAUCUGCGGCAGCACCAAAGCGCAGGGCACUCUGUGCGCUGCCCCGCCGGGAGGGGUGUGUGCCGGGAAUGCGUACGACGCGGUCGCUUCUGCCACCGUGAAUGCCAUCAGUCUGCCCACACUCCCCCUCUUCUACUUGGUCCCGCCACCCCCUAUCAAGGAAAGCGCAUCUCUCACCUCUAUCUGCUCUGAAAGAGAUCGUUUUCUGCCGUCGUGUCGGCUGCUCGAUGGUUCAAAGGAUGGUCGCAACUCCGUGGACUUGCCUCCUUGCCCCUGUGCCGUGCCGUGCCGUGCUCAAGCCAUGCUGCAUUUUGUCAACGUGUUUGGUGCAACCAUCACGCUUCCUUCCCCAUGUGCCCGCCCCUCACAGCAACCUGCAGAGCAAUCUCCUCAGCUACCGCCUCGAUUCCUUCGCCUCUUCUCUGAGUGCCUUGCCACUGCUGGCAGACCUGUGAGUGGUAAAGUGUGGCGGGCAAGGGAGGAGGAGGGGAGGGAGCACAUCUUGGUGUUCGGUGCUGCCGGCAACUACCUGACAGGCUCUGUGCCGGCGCUUGCCUUGGGGCUGAUCGUUCUGGACGUGCGGAGCAACUUCCUCGUAGACAUGCCAUUAGCCAACUACACGUGGUGCGGGGGCUCCAACAACUGCCUGCUCGCCCCCGCCAAGUGCACCUUCGGUGUGGCCGGCUCCACCCAGCGGGCAGCGGCCGACUGUGCCAUGUGCGGGGCCAGCAACGCCACGGGGCCCUUGUGCUGGGGCACGGGGGGCGUGUGCGGGGUGGACUCCGCUGCACCCAUCGCUGCUGGGGUGGUGAACGUGCUGGCGGGCGGGGCGCCCAUGACGUGUGUGGGCGGGCCGCUGGUUACCAUCAAAGAAAGCGCAGGUGAGCGCUGGGCCAUGGCCGUGGGGUGGGCAGCGUGGGUGGGCAGUGUGGGGUGGGCAGUGUGGGGUGGGCAGUGUGGGUGGGUGGGUAGUGUGCGGAGAACAGGCAGUGUGUGGUGGGUGGGCAGUGUGCGGAGAACAGGCAGUGUGUGGUGGGUGGAGGGCGGCUGUCGCACCUAUGCCUUAUUUGUGCCUGGUUGCUCACCUUGGACCAAUGUAUCCGGACCUCCCAUUAAUUUCCCCCCUGUUCUCACACGACUACCCUCCAGUCGUAUCGGCCCGCCCGCCCCACCGCACGCACGCACCACAUCCCUCGCCUCUACCACCAGCCAUGCUGGCACUCAAGUCGUAGCUCGGCGUCACGUUCACCACGUGGGCGGCGUCUAUGCCGUGCACGCGCCAGGGCGCCACACCGCCGCCGUCGCUGCCCACGUGGACCAACCCCGCCUCACACACAUCCUUCGCCUCCUCUACUGCCUCUUGCCCAUCACCGCCAUGUUGCCCGUCACCGCCCUCUUGCACGUCACCGCCCGGCCCCCACCGCCCUCUUGUCCCCACAGAUACCUGCAGUACAACUGGCUCUAUGGCCCCGUGCCCACUGCACUGCUCAACCUGCCCGCGCUCUCCGUGCUUGGCCUGGCGUACAACUACCUGAGCGGCAGCUUCCCAGCGUCCACUGCCCUGUCAAGCCUAGACGUGCGCAGCAACUUCUUGUAUGCCAUGACCCUCAAGUGGUGUGAUGGCGCCACCAACUGCCUCGCCACGCCUGCUGUCCUGAGUGUCUGCUUUCCCGACUCUGCUGCCGCGGCAGCCACAGGGACGCCCAACCUUGCGGGGUCGCCCACACUGCAGAUGGUGUGCGGUGGCAUCCCCAUCGAUGCUGCUGACGGUGAGCGCACCCACACACGCACUGAGAGAGGCGCAACCACGCAUGGAGAAGCAUCCACGUUCCCACAGCCACCAUAUGCGCGGCACCCCUGCUUGCCACAUCACUUGUACCCUGCUAGCCUCUCACUCUCACCUGCCCUCGCCUCGCUUCAAUCCCAUGCCUACUGUCUGUCAACCCCGCACCCUGCCUCGUCCUUCCCUCGUCUCAAUGCGUCUCCUCCCCCUGCCCCACCAACGGCGGUGCUGCUGGCGCUCAAGUCGUCGCUGGGCGUAACGUUGAGCAACUGGAACGCGGCGGCGCUGUGCAUGCUGGAGGGGCAAAUGCUGCUGCCCGCGCAGUGGGGUGAUGUGCGCUGCACACCAAACGGCAAAGUCACAAGCAUUGCGCUCACACGGCAGAAGCUGCAGGGCUCCAUUCAUGCGGACAUCUCCAAGCUCACCACACUCAUAUACCUGGCCGCCUCGACUUCUUUGCCGCACCGCUCAAGCCCCUCACCACCCUCAAGGCGCUCUAAGCCCCUCACCACCCUCAAGGCGCUCUUCUUCCACUACAACUAUCUCUGUGGCUCCAUUCCCUCCGCCAACGCCACUCUGCCGCAACUCACCUCACGCAACCUCUCCUCUUCAGCACUGGCUGGCAGCAUGCACGCCGACAUCUCCAAGCUCACCGCCCUCACCUACCUAGACUUCUCCAACAACCUACUGCGCACACCCCUGGCAGCCUUCGCCUCCUCCUUCUCCGCCGUCAAGACGCUCCAGCAGCUGUCAGCGCCUCAACAACAACUGGUUCACGGGCUCUCUGCCUCAGACCCUCAUGUCCCUUUCCGCCCUCACUCUGCUGACGUGCAUGCGAACGCACUGACGGGGUCAUUAACCACCAUAUCAUCGGUGCUGCGCUCGCUCCUCCUGCAAGACAACUUCCUGGCCGGCAACUUCACAGCGGCGGCGCUCACCACGUGUGACGCCAGCAUCAACUGCAUGACUGGUGGCACCGCCGACUGCAACGCCAACAGCACCGCUCAGAGGGCCGCUGCUGCGUGCGCCAUCUGUGACAGCGCGGACGCGCAGGGGCUGCUGUGCUGGGGCGGCACAUGCGUGCCCAACGUGACGGCCACCACGGCCCACCGUGAUGGGCUGGACCUGCCGCCCAUGUCCUGUGCUGGGGCUCCGGUGGUGUACAUGAGCGCUGCUGAUGCGCAAGUGAUGGCGGCGCUCAAGAGUGCGGUGGGGGUGACGCACAGCACGUGGGCGCCGGCCACCUACUGCACCAUGGCGCCCGCUGCGCCCAUCACUGGCAACGUCGUCAGCCUGCAACUGCCCAACAACAAGCUCACGGGCACUCUGCCACAAGCCAUCUCCGCCCUCAUGGCGCUCACAUUCAUGUGCGCCCACCUUCCUUCCAUCCUUCCUCUCCCUUCCUCUCAUCUUUCCCCUCCCUUCCUCCCAUCCUUCCCCUCCCUUCCUCUCAUCUUUCCCCUCCUUUCCUCCCCUCCUUCCUCUCCCUUCCUCCCAUCCUUCCCCUCCCUUCCUCCCAUCCUUCCCCUCCCUUCCUCUCAUCUUUCCCCUCCCUUCCUCCCUUCCUUCCCCUCCCUUCCUCCCAUCCUUCCCUUCCCUUCCUCCCCUCCUUCUCCCUUCCUCCCCUCCUUCCCCUCCCUCCCUCCCCGCCUUCGCCUCCGUUCUCCCCUCCUUCCUCCCCUCCUUCCUCUUCCUUCCUCCCAUUCCUCCCUCCCUUCCUCCCCUCCAUCCCCUCCCUCCCUCCCCUCCUUCCCUUCCCUCCCUCCCCUCCUUCCCCUCCCUCCCUGCCGCCACGGCCGGCUGGACGAAAUCACCACGCAGCUGCGCCUGCUCACCAACCUUAAAUCCAUCGAUCUCGCCUACAACUGGUUCUCGGGCUCUGUGCCUGCGUUCAUGCUCGCCCUCCCCAGCCUCACAAAGCUCGCACUGGGCUACAACGACCUCACGGCCGCGCUGCCCCCGGUGACAUCCCUGCAGGCGGCGGUGGAUCUGCACACGCUAGGCUACAACUACCUCACGGGAGCGCUGCCCGACGUGACAUCGCCUCUCGCCGUGGUGGACGUGCAGUUCAAAUUCCUCGCCGGCACCUUCCCCACGCUCACCCUCACCCUCUGUGCCGCGCGCAUGAACUGCUUCCUCGACGCCACCAAGUGCAACAACCCCAACCGCGCCGCCGAGCUCCCGUGGGCCGCCGCUGCAUGCGCCAUCUGCAACACCACCAACGCGCAGGGGCGUCUGUGCAACGGUGGGCUGUGCACGGUGAGCGCCGCUGACCUGGUGGCGGCGGGCACGCCCAACAGCGCCGCGUCCCCCUCGCUGCCGCUCAUCUGCGUGGGCGCGGCGUUUGUGGCGAUGGACACGGUGCAUGCGGGCGCCAUGCUCAACCUCAAGGCGUCACUGGGAGUGACCUUCUCUGACUGGAAGGUUGAUUCGCCCUGCUCCCUGCCUGGUAGCGUCGCCCCCGGGUCGUGGAGCGGCGUCACCUGCAACAGCACUGGCAAAGUGUUGGGCAUUGACCUGCAGUCCAACGUGGUGCAGGACCGCCUCGACUCCUUCACGGCCGGCAUCAAGGCGCCCCUCGUGCUCAAGGAGCUUGCCUUGCUGCCCGCUGCUGCAUCUAUCACUCACGCCUUUCCUCCUUCCGCACUCGUGUCUCUCCCAACCGCCGCCCUCGCCCUCACCACCCAUUCCAAGCUGUCAGUGCUCUACCAACCCCUCUCCCCUCCACCCCGCCCCCCUCCCUUCCUUCUGCUGUCUCCACACCACACCUCACCUUUCCGCACUCUCAAUCUCGCAGCAUCUAUCUCACCCCUUUCCUCCUUCCUCACGCAUGUCUAUCCCCUCUGCCCUCCCCUCCCCUCCCUGGCCUCCCCUCUGCCGUACAGCUCCAUGGCAUUCAAAUACCUCACGGGCUCUGUCCCCGCUGUGCCGGCGACCACUAAGUGGCUGGGCGUGCAGGGCAACUUCUUGUCGGGCGCCUUUCCCACCAACACGCUCACCUACUGCGGCGCCACCACCAACUGCCUCACGGACGCCAACAACUGUGCGGGGGCGGGCAUCACUCAGCACAGCGCCUCUGACUGCGCCAUCUGCGGCACCGAAGCUGGCCAGGGCACGCUGUACGGCGGCGUGGCAUGCCUUGUUAACGCCACGGGCGUCACGGCGCCUCCCACCGCGUCGACCCCCCCGCGCAACCUCUACUGCACGCCUGUUGCCUUGGAAGCCAACACCACUGCAACGCUGCUGGCGCUGAAGACGGUGCUGGGAGUGACGGCCACGGACUGGGCGGCCACCACGGUGGUGCUGCAGCCCAAGGCAGCGCUGAAGAGUGCCAGCGCCAGCGGCAGUGUGCCCAUGGCCACCAGUGUGGGCGCAUGCACGGUGGAGGGGCAGGCCCCUGCGCCCGGCUCGUGGACCGGCGUCAUCUGCAACCCCGCUGGCACCGUUGUGGCUCUAUUUUCCCUCUCCCCACCCCUUGUUCUACUUCUUCCCCUGACCAACCUGCAGGGUGCUGCCAAACCAGAAGCUGACUGGAAGCCUCGUGCUGGACAGCAACCUGCUGCAGGGCCGCCUGGCCUUCUUCACGUCGGCUUUCAAGGGGCUCUCAGCGCUCAAGCUAUUGUCGGUCGUCUUGCCCCCUUGCCCUCUGCGUCCCCCCUGCGCUCUGCCUCCCACUUUCCCUCUGCACCCCAGCUACUCUCUGCACCCCACGUGCCCUCUGCCCAUGCCACCAUUCGAUUCGAGUCACAUGCUUCAUCGCAACACUUCUCCCUUCUCCGAGUCGCGUGCUCUCCGUUGUUCUACUUCCACGUUUUCGUCGCUUUUGUGCCCGUGCCUGCUCUCACUAUUACUCCCUCUGCCCGUGCCUGCUCUGCCUCCCCUCACUGCCUGUCCGUCUGCAGCAAGGCGCGCUUCAACUUCUUCGCGGGUCCGCUGCCCUCCGCGCUGCUCACUCUCCCCACACUUACCAACCUCCAUGUGAGCUACAACUACCUCACAGGCACCGUGCCUGCAAUCGUAGGCACGGUGCUCAAGACCCUGUCCAUGGGAGGCAACUUCCCGUCGGGCAGCAUCGGCACGCUCACGGGUGUGACGUGCUCAGCGGCGCUCAACUGCCUCACCUCGCAGGGCAGCUGCACCACCGGCGGCACUCAGACCCGCAUUGCCUGCGCCAUCUGCGGCAGCACCAACGCGCAGGGCACUCUUCACUUCCCUGCAUCAUCUGCACCUGGCCCCCUUUCGCUCUCUCUCCCACUCUCCAACCUUCCUCUCACUCCUCCGUAUCCUCAUGUCCCUUGCUACUUUCUGGGACCCCCAUCGCUCGCCUCUGUCACUCACUGCGUGUCAGCCGCGGCGCUGGGCAACCUGAAGACGGCGCUGGGGUUGACGUUCACGGACUGGACGGCGCCCACGGCGCUGCUCAAGCCCAAGGCGACGGCGACCGGCGGUGGCAGUGUGGCGCUGACGGACUAG